AUGCAAUUCCCGGGGCGCCCGAGGCGGCGCAGCAACUCCUCCAAGGGGCCCGAGCGCAACUGCCGCUUCUCCUGGGAAGGGAGCCCCGAGAGAGCGGGCACCGGCCCGGCGGGCUGGGGGAACAUCGAGGCGGAGCGCAGCCUGGACCGCGGGGGCCGGCCUGGAGCGGCCGUGUGCGUCCCCCCCUCUUGGGGAGCGAAGCGGGGCCCUCCCUUUCCUUCCCUCCGCCGCCGCCCGGCUCUUUCUGUGGUGGAAAGUACCGUCAAGUCGCAGUCGACUUAUGGCGAGACCCCCUGCAGGGUUUCGAAGAAAGGAGGACAAAACCGUUCAGAGGCCGACCCAGGCUCGGAACUAACAACAAAGCGCUCCUUUGGCUGGAGUCAGAGCUUGGCCGAGGCUGCCCAUCAAAGGAACCCCGUCCUGCGUUUCAUUGCAGACAGGAGGGUUUGCCUGGGGCUGCUGCCGCCGCUGCUGCUGCUGCUGGGUCUGGAGGCGCCCGGGUGCGGCGGCUGCCCGUCGGCCUGCGUGUGCUACCCGUCGCCCAUGACGGUGAGCUGCCAGUCGCACCAGCUGCCGGCCAUCCCGGAGGGCAUCCCGGAGGAGAGCGAGCGGGUCUUCCUGCAGAACAACCGCAUCUCGGUGCUGCUGCGCGGGCACUUCAGCCCGGCGCUGGUGACGCUGUGGCUCUACUCCAACAACCUCACCUUCGUCGAGGCGGCCGCCUUCGAGGGCUUCGCGCAGCUGGAGGAGCUGGACCUGGGCGACAACCGCGAGCUGCGCGCCCUGGCGCCGGAGACCUUCCGCGGCCUGGCCCGCCUGCACGCCCUGCACCUCUACCGCUGCGGCCUGGCCGCCCUGCCCGACGGCCUCUUCCGCGGCCUCCACAGCCUGCAGUACCUCUACCUGCAGGACAACCAGCUGGCCGCGCUGCAGGAGGACCUCUUCGCCGACCUGGUCAACCUGAGCCACCUCUUCCUCCACGGCAACCGGCUGGGCAGCCUCGGGCAGGACACCUUCCGCGGCCUCGUCUCCCUCGACCGCCUCCUCCUCCACCAGAACCGCCUGCGGAGCGUCCACCGGCGCGCCUUCCACGACCUCCGCCGCCUGACCCUCCUCUUCCUCUUCAACAACAGCCUGGCCGAGCUGGCCGGGGAGGCGCUGGCCCCGCUCGGCGCCCUGGAGUACCUGCGCCUCAACGGCAACCCCUGGGAGUGCGGCUGCCGGCUCCGCUCGCUCUGGGAGUGGCUGCCCCGCUUCCGCGGAUCCAGCUCCGACGUGCCCUGCCAGGGCCCCGGGCACCGCCACGGCCUGGACCUCAAG